AUGUCGCGGGCACACAGCCGCCUGCGCGCCAGUCUCCGCCUGGCAGCGGCUUUCCCGCGCGGCGUAACGACCGGGGUCGCGGGAGCGCGAGAGUUUAGCGCGCGGCCCGCGCCGCAGGAGCCCGGCAUGGAAUACCAGGAUGCCGUGCGCACACUCAACACCCUGCAGACCAACGCCAGCUACCUGGAGCAGGUAAAGCGCCAGCGGGGCGACCCCCAGGCCCAGCUGGAAGCCAUGAAGCUGUUCCUGGCCCGGAGUGGGCUGCAGGUGGAGGACUUGGACCAACUGAACAUUAUCCACGUGACUGGGACGAAGGGGAAGGGCUCCACCUGCGCCUUCACGGAGCGCAUCCUCCGGAGCUACGGCCUGAAGACGGGGUUCUUUAGCUCUCCCCACCUGGUGCAGGUGCGCGAGCGGAUCCGCAUCAACGGGCAGCCCAUCAGCCCCGAGCACUUCACCAAGUACUUCUGGCGCCUCUACCACCGGCUGGAGGAGACCAAGGACAGCAGCAGCUGUGUCUCCAUGCCUGCGUACUUCCGCUUCCUCACGCUCAUGGCCUUCCAUGUCUUCCUGCAAGAGAAGGUGGACCUGGCAGUGAUGGAAGUGGGUAUUGGCGGGGCUUAUGACUGCACCAACAUAGUCAGGAAGCCUGUGGUGUGUGGGGUCUCCUCUCUUGGCAUCGACCACACUAGCCUUCUGGGGGACACGAUAGAGAAGAUCGCAUGGCAGAAAGGGGGCAUCUUCAAGCGUGGCGUCCCCGCCUUCACCGUGCCCCAGCCUGACGGGCCCCUGGCGGUGCUGAGGGAGCGCGCCGAGCAGAUCUCGUGUCCCCUGUACCUGUGUCCAUCGCUGGACGCCCUGGAGGACGGGGGGCCCCCGCUGACCCUGGGCCUGGAGGGAGAGCACCAGCGGUCCAAUGCCGCGUUGGCCCUGCAGCUGGCCCGCUGCUGGCUGCAGCGGAAGGACCGCCACGACAUUGGGGAGCUGAGAGUGUCCAGGCCGAGCCUCCUGUGUCAGCUGCCUCUGGCCCCCGUGUUCCAGCCCACGGCCCCCAUGCGGCAUGGGCUUCGGGACACGGAGUGGCCUGGCCGGACGCAGAUGCUGUGCCGCGGGCCCCUCACCUGGUACCUGGACGGCGCGCACACCUGCAGCAGCGUGCAGGCCUGCGUGCGCUGGUUCCGCCAGGCGCUGCAGCGCCGCAAGAGUGGGCCCGAGGUGCGCGUCCUGCUCUUCAACUCCACGGGUGACCGGGACCCGGCGGCCCUGCUGAAGCUGCUGCAGCCCUGCCAGUUUGACUACGCUGUCUUCUGCCCUAACCUGACAGAGGUGUCAUCCGUGGGGAACGCAGACCAGCAGAACUUCACGGUGACCCUGGACCAGGUGCUGCUCCGCUGCCUGGAGCACCAGCAGCACUGGAGCCGCCUGCAGGAGGCAGCGGCCGGCCCGGACGUCUGGGGCGCCCCCAGCCCGGGGGCCGGGGGGCUGGCCGCCCUGCUGCUGGCACCCCGCCUGCCCCACCCCCACGGCGCCAGCUCCCUCGUCUUCAGCUGCAUCUCCCAUGCUCUGCAGUGGAUCAGCCAGGGCCGGGACCCUGUCCUCCAGACGCCCAGCUCCCCACGGGACCUCCUCACCCACCCCGUGGCCAGCAGCGGGGCCAGCGUGCUCCGAGAGGCCGCCGCCGUCCACGUGCUGGUCACGGGGAGCCUGCACCUGGUGGGCGGCGUGCUGAAGCUGCUGGACCCCUCCCUGUCCCAGUAG